AUGGAGCAGUGGAUGGUGCAGAAGGUGCGUUUUGUGUUGGCUACUUGCGAAAGGAGUAAGGGAGAAAUUCACCAAUGGUGCUCAACCGAAUCUGUAAAAGUUAGGUUAUGUAUGAUUGAAAGAAAUUUCAUGGACAAAGAAGACUAUGAUUCUGAUGUCUUUAUGAGAAUGGGUGAAUUACGGAAC